UGCGCGUAUUUUUUACUGGCCAGUAUUUUUGAGUUUUUUAGUGGCCAGUAUUUUUGUGCAGUGAUGUGUGUGGCAUUUGGAUUACAGUGAUUGGAUUUUUUCGGAGUGAGCAGACAAUAAAGUGCCAAAAUGUCGGCGACAGCGACCAGACACGUGAAAGCUUCCAAUUCUGCGAACAUUCUCAUGUGCAAACAAUGGUGGAAAGUCUGCUGGAUGUACGGAGACCAGGAGAAGUACUACAGACAACUCUAUGGAAGACGAAAAAUGAACAACAUGAACAGAAACUUCAUUAACUUCGACCUGACCGACGUCAAAAGACCAGGAGCGCAAAUCACCGAACUUACUGACGAUUUUUUCGAAGACACUACACAAGAACCGGCGCCAGACGAAGUUGAUAAAGCUACUGAUAAUAGUAAAUUAGAAUAUAGCUUUGGAGUAGAAUCCGAACCAUUAUACGGGGUAAAAACGUGGCAGAAAGACCAAAGACGACAACCCAUACAGCAUAAUUACGAAGUAGAUUUAGAUAGCAUUAUAAGUACAAAUCUGAAUUCUAACAGUAUAAAAAGUAUGUUAGAAAACGGUCUACCUCAAACGCAAAUUUUAGAUUCAAACGAGCAGAUUAUUAAAAGCGGUAAUGUAGUUGGGAAGAGUUCUAAAGUCGUUUCGAAGACUAAACGGGGGGCGAUUGUGACAGAGAGUACAGAGGUGUCAACAGAUGGGAGGACGACGGCGAACUUGAGGUUUGAGAGGUCGACGGUGAAGAGUGGGCCGAACAAGGUGAAGGAGGUGCUGCAGCCGCUGAAGGAGGAUGCAGUGUUGUCGGAGUGCGAGAGGAGGAAGUGUGUUGGGGACCGGCUGACGACGAAGACGACGACGCUGGUGACGGUGUCGCAGACCAGCGUGACCAGCUGCAAUGAACCCGUCUGCCGCAACUGCGUGAUCUCACCGACCGGAUCGCCACCUCCCUUGGACCCCACCCCGCCUCCCCCCGCGCCUGCGUCGCCAUCCCCCCAGCCGAGCCACUCCAGCCAGUCCCCCCUCUCCUACCCGAGGAGAUAUCCGGAGUACGGACAAGGACCGAUGCAGUCACCACCAGCCAUGUCGCUGUCACCACAUCCGGUUCCUCAGGGGAAGUUUAGAGGACUCCUGGAGCAUGCUGAAAGGUUAAUGAAGCCAGGAGAUGCGCACAGGCACUCCCAGAGCGACGAUGACUCUGGGUGCGCACUAGAGGAGUACACGUGGGUCCCGCCAGGGUUAAGGCCAGAACAGGUCCACCUGUACUUCUCAGCUCUUCCAGAAGAUAAGGUGCCCUACGUGAACAGCGUGGGAGAAAGAUAUCGACUCAAGCAGCUGUUGCAGCAGCUUCCUCCACAGGACAACGAGGUCCGUUACUGCCACGCGCUCUCCGACGAAGAACGGAAAGAACUCCGGCUGUUCAGCGCGCAGAGGAAAAGAGAGGCACUGGGCCGCGGGCAAGCGAGACAGCUGCAUGCGCCGGCACCGUGUGAGCGGUGUGAAGAGGGCAUGUCCGCAGGAGACAUGUGUGUCGCCGCUGCCCGCGCCGGGCCCGCCGCUCGUUGGCACCCCGCUUGCUUCGUCUGCUCUUCCUGCCAGGAGCUACUGGUAGACCUGGUGUACUUCUGGAAAGACGGGCGGUUAUACUGCGGAAGACACCAUGCUGAGACUUUGAAGCCACGCUGUUCAGCGUGUGAUGAGAUCAUCCUCGCGGACGAAUGCACGGAAGCCGAAGGCAGAGCGUGGCACAUGAAACACUUCGCCUGUGCCGAAUGCUCGCGCCAGCUCGGCGGCCAACGCUACAUCAUGCGAGAAGCUCGCCCGUACUGCCUGCCUUGCUUCGACGGAUGUUUUGCUGAAUACUGCGACGCUUGUGGGGAGCCUGUUGGGGUUGAUCAAGGACAGAUGUCACAUGAAGGACAGCACUGGCAUGCCACUGAGAGGUGCUUCGCGUGUCACACUUGCAGAGCCAGCUUGCUAGGUCGUCCAUUCCUGCCCCGGAAAGGAGCAAUAUUCUGCUCCAUAGCCUGUUCCAAAGGCGAGCCGCCGACGCCAUCCGACUCCUCAGGCCCCGGCCCGCGCCCCCCGCGCGCGCCCCGCCCCCGCCGACCGCCCUCCCCCAAGUCCCCACCCGCCGCACGAGAGCCUUCUCCACACAUCGACGCGGACUCUGAACCUAGUGGGUCGCUAGCCCCAGAAACUCCCCCGCCACACCCUCCCCCGCCGCCGCACGCUUGCCUCAGCCUCGACCGGGCCCUAGCUGACCUCCGUCUGGAACAAUCCAUAACCGAACAUCAAAUCCAGCCCACACCGACCUCCGAAGACCCUAAAGAAGAAUCCCCAGAAGACUGGAGACCGCCGCAUCCUGUCGACGCGCAAGUCGUAAACCCUGGGCAUUCUUCGUCUAUGCCUGAACUUACUCUAGUAGACGGCAGCUCGCCAAGGAAACCUAGAGGAGGUAGGACUGUGAGGUUUUGCGGUGACGAUAACCAAGCAUUUGAGCCUGACGAGCCUGUAAGAAAAGAGAGAGUGAGAGACGACGACGCGAGCAGCUACUGUAGCACGUGCUCCUCGUCUUCUUCAUCAGCUGAGUCUUAUACUCUACCGACGAGACGAGCGUACGGUGGUGUGAGAAUUUCAUACGUGCCCAACGACGCCGUGGCGUGCGCUAAGCGAGAGAGACAGAGAAAGAACGCGCAGAACGACAAGAACUGCAUCAUCUCGUGAUCCUGGACCUUCCUCACGCAUCCUCCGACGAAAGACUGACUUUUUGAUAGUUAUAUCCUACGCCAUAGUUAAGGAAUUGUUAAAGUCAAUGUAAUAGACACUAGCGAUCAGCUACGGAAUACUUUAACGCCAUCAUCACACGACCGGUCUGGGUCAGUCGGUAGUGACUCUGCCUGCUGAGCCGCGGUCCUGGGUUCGAAUCCCGGUAAGGGCAUUUAUUUGUGUGAUGAGCAUAGAUAUUUGUU